AUGGGAUCAAUAUUAUCAUCAUGCUGCAUGAGAAAUAGCUACCCGCCUGCGCCUUUCUACCCAGAUCCAGGUCGUGGCCGUCUCCUACCAGGUGACUAAUUAAAGAACAUGCUAACUUCAAAAGAUUUUAGGGGUUUCAAGAAGGUCGACGAUAUUAAUAAGCAUUACACGUUCUUUAAUACACUCGGCUAGGGAUCAUUUGGGAAAGUAAUGAAAGCUGAGCAUAUGAAGGCUUCAGCAGAUGUUGCUGUAAAGAUAAUUGAGAAAUCAAAAGUUAGGGAGCAUAAAAUAUUAGAAGAGCUUAUGCAAAAUGAGCUCAAAGUAUUGGAGGAAACAACUCACCCACAUAUAAUGAAAAUCAUUCAGUUAUUAGAAGAUGAAGAUCACUAUUAUAUCGUAUCAGAGCUACUUGCUGGUGGGGAGUUAUAUGAGAGAAUCGUUAAAAUGAAGCAUUUUUCUGAAAAGAAUGCAGCAAUUCUUACCUACUAAAUUCUACUUGCUGUUUCAUAUAUGCAUAAUUAAAAUAUCGUCCAUAGAGAUAUAAAACCAGAAAAUAUUCUUCUUGAAAAUGAGGACGUCAACAAUUUGAAUGUCAAAAUGACUGACUUCGGAUUCGCAUGUUUCUUUGACCCAGCUAAGGGAGUCAGCUAAACCCUGGGAAGCCCCUUAUAUAUGGCCCCUGAAAUUAUCUAAGAGAAGCAAUAUGACUAGAGAGUUGAUAUUUGGAGCAUCGGAGUGAUAGUGUAUAUCUUAUUGAGUGGCAGACCUCCAUUCAGAGGAAAGUCAAAGCCAGAAAUCUUUAAGAGCAUUUUGCACCAUGAUUUGUCCUUCGAUCACGAAAUCUGGGAUAAAAUCUCUUAAGAUGCUAAGGACUUCAUUAGACUAGCACUCUAGAAAGAUCACACAAGAAGAGCUAAUGCAAAGGAUUUAUUAGAUCACGCCUGGAUUAUUAAGCAUAUUAAUAAUAAGCAAGUUACACAAGAAGUGUAGCUUGAUGUCAUCAAUAACCUCAGAGAAUUUAGAAAUGCAGGCAAGUUUUAAGUCGGAGUACUUUCAUUCUUAGUGAGCAUGAAAACUAGCUCAGAGGAGUUAGAAGAACUCAAGCAACUAUUCCUGCAACUCGAUACAUCCAAGGAUGGAACUCUUUCAAUAGAAGAAAUCCAACAAGGAAUCAAUUAAUUGAAGGGAAAGCUGGGUAACUCAAGAAUCGAUUAUAAAGAUAUGAUGGCUUCAAUGGAUCAAGAUGGAAACGGAGUUGUUGAUUAUACUGAGUUUAUUACAGCUGCAAUUGAUAAGGUGGCUAUUCUGAACAAAAAGAAUCUUAUCUCAGCAUUCUAGUCUAUUGAUUUAGACAAUAAUGGUUCUAUUACAAUCGAUGAGUUGAAGCAAUGCUUUGACAAUGCUGAGGACAAAAAAGAUGAAAGUCUUUGGUAAGAAUUAAUGAAUGAAGUUGAUAAGAACAAUGAUAACUUAAUCAGCUUUGAUGAAUUCACCGAAGCAAUGACUGAAAUGCUUAAGAAAAAACACUUAAAAUGA